CCAAGGGUGAAUCUUCCAUGAGAACAGCAUACCUAUCUCAUGCUUCGUCCCUGGCGUGAGCUGGUUUGGAAGCGGCCUUUUGAAAGUUAUCUGAAAAUGUCCAGUGCGUCAGUAGCAAACCUGUCCUCUACCCUACCACUCUGCAGUUUCAUUCUCGCAUGGACAUCCCACACGGAUGUCGCACAAGUUUUGAACAUGGGGAAAGACAGUGGAUCGUUACCUUGGGGGGCUGCCCGGAGAGAGACGGUCGAGUUCCGGCGGUUAUCUCGACGUUGAACAGACAUCAGAUCCAAUCUCAAAACUACCACGGACAAUGACAAGGGAUUGAACAUACGGUUUGUGGGAAGUCUCUGUUGCGCCAUCUCAUGGACCCCAUGACGGCCUCGGUCAGGGUAGGGGAGCGGGUGGCUUUUCUCAUCCAUCCCCACUAGAAUGUGUAGCAUGAGAGCUACGGAGAAGGUCUGGUUGGGCAGAGUUGACCGGUUACAGGAAGUUCGCGAGGCGGGAUGGCUGUCGACCUGUCCUUGCCCGCCCUCACCCACCAUGUUCUCUGUCGAGGGACAGGAGGUUCCUCACCGGUCAAAGAAGCAACUUCUAAAGAUGGUAAGCAUCCCGCACGAUACCUCGCCAUCAGCGGAUGUUGUGUUCGGGUGCUUGGCUUGGUUGAGAGUCGUCCUACCCCAGAUCGUGGGGACCUUUUGAGCAGCUCUGUUCUGAGGUGACGCUGUCAGCGAGGACAAAUGACGAGGUGCUGUGGCAUGGAUAGCUGUAGGGUGCCGUAAAAUAUCCGUGUCCUGCUCUGAUGCGAGCAAAAAUGCUUGUGAGAGGUGAGUUCUCAACUUGACAAGGAGAUGAGCGCGAUUUUUCUCACGCCUAUUGUACUACUCUGCAGGCCAAAAACAAGACAAGUCAAAAAUCCAAAAUGUCGAUCAAAUCACCCUCGGUUCCGAAGCGGAAGCGACCUUGCUGAUAAUCAGACGAGGGGGGAAGGCGAGUGAUGGGAUCUUCAGCUCUCUCCCUAGCAUGAUCAUAUUUUUGAGGACAGCGCGGUUUCACUCCCUCCGUCCCGAUGACCAUCCUGAGUGUCUAGACCUGUCGAGUCUCCCGAAACUCACGUCACUGUGACAGAGUUUGUGUGCUCUCCACGGAGCAUAGUCCGCGGCAACUGCCCAGAACGCCUCGCUCCCGGUACACAUGCUCUAGCGCCCCUGAUGUUUCAACACGACCGCUGUGCGCGCUUGUCUUCAAUUCCAUCACCUCCUUCAUAUGCAUUUCCGGCAAGACAAGAAUGGGUUCAUGAUGGAGGUCUUCUAUGCAUAAAUGUCAGGGUCGCUGGCAUCUAAUCCAGGAAGACGGUGUCUGCCAGUCUGGGCCUCCAUCCGAGUCUUCUUGCCUCACCCUACAAAACACCGUGUGCCGAUUGUCUAUUAGGACUCCCAGCAUUGACGGCUCUCUCCUGAGUGACCGCGGUCAGUACCCUUGGCACUUGCAACCAUCUGUGCUAGUCCAUUUCAGUCAAACUACCUGCCACCUGAUAGCCGCUCAGCUGUCGAAGCUAGCCUUGAUACUUUUGAGCAUCGACGAUUACCCGUCGAUAUUUCUGCAGCCAGGGCUCUCGGUUCCAGUCAACAAGGCGUUGUGCUGACUGCAGGAUGACAUCGGUUCAUCAUGGCAACAAUCUGAUAGGGGACAGUAUAGAACACGAUGUCCAUCCUGAUAGGGUUGCUGUGAUGAUUAGGGACAACCUCCCCGAGCUUCAAAGCAUUCUCUUCUCAUUCACCAGCAGAGUUACAGGCCGCUCCUGGAUGCUUACAACAGUUCUUCAGUCACCUGCCUUGACGUCUCGUCGGCCCAGGGUGCAAAUGCUGGGGCUUCCACUUAUGCGGGCCGACAGUUGCGACUACAUCAGCUCCAUCCCCAGGAGGCAUCUCACUUGGUUGAGCGUGACCGGACCGGGAUCGUUUGUCACCCUCAACAUGUUGAAGCAACGGCUCAUGCAGACACGUGGUCUGGAAACACUUCACCUGCGCAAUUUUGCCGAGCGUUCCUUCGAGUUCGUGAGCAAUGAGAGAUUGCCACCCCUUCUGGAGCUGGUUCUUGAGAGCUAUGACUGGCGACACUCUCUGGAAGAGAGCACCAACAACUGGGACUUUUCUCAACUCAAGGUCCUCAUGCUAUUCUCGGUUAAGCAUCUGACGAGCCUGUUCAGAGUCAUCUCGCAAGUCCCGCACCGUUUGGAGACGUUGGUUUUCGACAUGGAAUGGGGCCCUGAAGUCAUACCGAGUCUUCAAACGCUUUGCGAAUGUCCCAGUCUACACACGGUUGUGGUCCGCCUUCCGCCCAAGCUGCCAACCACCGACACAGACCUUCUCCAACAGCUCCAGAUACCCCUCAAGGAGGCCCACGACAACCUCGCGUAUAAGCUGGCCGCGGGCAUCAUCCACCUCCUGCUCCGAACUAGAUUCGGCAAUACCAAGUGGCAAGACAUCUAUGUCCUGUUCGGGGAGUGGAAGAUGUGGGAUAACGCCGGGCUGCAUCCAGGCUACUACUUCAAGUACAUCGGCCCCGUCAGUGAAGGGAUGCACAUUGAAAACCUCAACAAAUUCGACAUGCAGGCGCUGUUGGCAACAGUGGCCAGAAUGACGGGUGCUGGAGCAGAGGGUGCCACAACGCUGGACGACGCAAAAAAGAAGAAGGCAAGACGUCCCCAGCCUGUCGGGCAGGGUGGGGACAGGAUGGGAUUCUAUCACGAGGUGUAUGGUUUGCGCUCCUUGUUGGCGUCGAAGCCGUUGGAUAGGAUUUCUUUGUCUUUUUGA